UAAGUAAUAGGUAUAUACACUGUAAUUUUGGAAUUAACUUUGAAGGUCUGGUCUAGGCUUUUAGCCAGAUUGGUGUCCAGGCAUCCUGUGGACGGCCACUUAGUAAAGAAAAUCGUUUUAUUUUUCAUACAUGUAUGUAAUUACCAUAUAAACUGUUUAUAUGUGCAGGUCCUAUUAAGCACAUUUUGGAUGGCCACUUUUUAAAUCCUGGCUAAAAACCUGGUCUGGUCUCCAACAAAAAGUCACUUGAAAGAGUUAAAAUGCUGAUGAUAUGGUUCCAUGGUUUGUUUCAACCGCCGCUAACUCGAGUAACUGUCAACCACUGUAGUUUCUAUAGAUCCUAAUUCAUUAUACACAGGAUAGAUACACAAUAAGUUUAGUGCGAAUCUUGUAUAUGUUUUCCCCUUAUUUCAACUGAAUUUAUAGGUAUAUCUACUCUUUACGUGUGUUGUGUUUAUGUUAUUGUAUCUGUUUUUAUUACGGAACUGACUUUAUAAAAUUUUAUGGUUAUAAUUUUCGGCUGCCAUAUUUAUUUACUCAGCACUACAUUGGUAUAUAUGCAUCCUAUAAAUGUCUUAUAAAGUUUGCUUUUGUUUCCAAAAGUAAACAAUUUACUUGUCUGUUUACUUCUCAACACGUUAACGCUUCCAAAACAGUGCUACACUGAAAUAUACACGUGCUUAAGAUCAGUCAGCCCCAUUCAAACCCAUUUAGUUUUCCCAUAGCUCGGUAAAAUAAAUAGUUGUCCGGUCUGGAGAGCAAAUAUGAUACUGAUACUGAAAAGAUAUCAAAAGAUGGCCUGAUGAAAGUUCAAGAGACAGUUGCAUAACCAAACAUCUGAUCUUUCGGAGUUUCUUGAGAAAACCUACUCCUCGUUGGCAUUUUCCCCUGUUUUUCUCUCAACCCUUCAACAUUAUGAUUAGAAAUACCUCAAUGUUAUCUCCAGCCCGCAGCUUGAAUAAUUGCUUCUGUAUAAAGUUCUUGCAGGGGACAACUGUUGUCACCUUUGCCUUCAACAGUCCGCCAUCUUGAAUUCUGAAUACAAAAAACAUCCCGUCCCUACCCGUGACGAUCUGAAACGCCAUCUUGUAAACGUCAUCAACUUCUUUUGCGCAUGACUGAUGCUGAAAACAAAGUUUCGUUCGAAGGAAGAUGGCGGCGGGCAAGCGAUAUUUCGUUAUUUCGCUCUUGAUUUUUUUCCUGGUUUCAGUUUGCUGUCUCCCAGAACCGGGCAAAAAAGACUUGCAUUUCAAGGAGAACCAGACGUUUGGUAUCUUUGCCAAAACAAUGAACAAAAACUACAGUGUCGCAAUAAAAGGGAGUUGCAAUGGCACUGUUAAAAAGAUCAAUAUAUACUGGCGCUUAUAUGUUUCACAGUGUGCAGAGAGGUUUUCAUCUCUGAAGGACAGUGAUCAGGAUUACUUACAAUAUCUGUGGAAGGAUCCUCCUAAGGAGUUUUCAGCUUAUUCACUAACUGGAAAGCAGGAUGAAGUGAACUGCAAACCCAGGAUUCACCUGUCGGUAUGCAUGUGCUACUUUUUUAUCUUUUUAAAUUAAAUACAAUAACAAGGUAUAAGUCAAGACAGUAAACACUAGGGCAGGGUUGUUCGAAAGCAGUUUAACGCUAACCCAGGAUUGAAAGUUGACCAAAGGAUUAAUUUUUCUUGAAUAAAAAUGUUUUUGACUUCUUAUGUUUUGUGUAUUUUAAGAUUACUCAGACAAGCUCUAAACCAAAGGACAAGAAAUGUGAAAAGAAAACGUCACCAAAAAGUUACAAAUCAAAUUCUCACAAAUCCUGGGUGAACAUAAUUGGGCAUUGAACAACCUGGCCCAGGAGUGCCAAAUCAAUAAGAUUUACACUGUAUGUAGGUGGCUCCUCAGAUUUUGCCCCGACAUUUAGCAGAAGAUAGGCCAUGGCCAUAACAAGUUCCUCUUGUGGUCCAAAUUUUUACACCAUGCAGCCGCACUAAGUCAGUGUCCAUAGUAUUUGUCUGUUUAUCCAUUGGUGGGUUUACAAGACUAAGUUCCUUCCCAAGUCACUUUCUCUUUCUCCACAUCGUUAUACAGUGGUAUGUUUCUCUCUUUCCAAUCUAGUGGACUCGUGUUGAAAUCAGAGUCCUUGUGUUUUUUUUCCUUAAGUUUGGGAACUGAAUCAUUAGUAAGGCUAAUCAGAAUGCU